UCACCGUUUCAUUUCCUUUGGGUAAUAUCACCGAGGUUGUAUUUCCACCAGUUGACAAGGUUAUACAGUACAUUUACGCACUGUUGAUCCCAUGGCCAAAGGAAACGAAGACUCGGCGAAGGGCUCGUGGAAAAAGCAAGUCGAUGACAUCAAGAAGAUUUUCGAGUUUAAGGAGAUUCUCGGGACUGGUGCUUUCUCAGAAGUAGUCCUCGCUCAGGAGAGAGCCACGGGCAAGAUGUAUGCGGUCAAAUGCAUCCCAAAGAAAGCUCUAAGAGGGAAAGAGACCAGCAUCGAGAACGAAAUCGCUGUGCUAAGGAAGAUCAAGCAUGAGAACAUUGUUGCUCUUGAGGACAUCUAUGAAAGUCCCAACCAUCUGUAUCUCAUCAUGCAGCUUGUAUCUGGGGGUGAGUUGUUCGAUCGAAUUGUUGAGAAGGGCUUCUACACUGAGAAAGAUGCCAGUGCUUUGAUCAAACAAGUUCUGGAUGCUGUCAACUACCUCCACUCUCUGGGCAUAGUCCACAGAGAUCUGAAGCCCGAGAAUUUGUUAUACUUCAACCCACAUGAUCAGUCUAAAAUAAUGAUUAGUGACUUUGGCCUGUCGAAGAUGGAAGGAGCAGCAAAUGACAUCAUGUCCACUGCCUGUGGGACUCCAGGAUAUGUUGCUCCAGAGGUCCUAGCACAGAAGCCCUACAGUAAAGCAGUAGACUGUUGGUCUAUUGGGGUUAUUUCUUACAUAUUGUUAUGCGGCUAUCCUCCUUUUUACGAUGAGAAUGAUUCCAAACUAUUUGAGCAGAUCCUCAAGGCUGAGUAUGAAUUUGAUUCACCUUACUGGGAUGAUAUCUCAGACUCAGCUAAAGAUUUCAUCAGUAAUCUAAUGCAGAAGGAUCCAGAGAAGAGGUUCACGUGUGACGAGGCUCUUCGGCAUCCCUGGAUAGCUGGAGACACGGCUCUUUGUAAGAACAUUCACGAGUCAGUCAGCCGGCAGAUGAAGAAAAACUUUGCUAAAGCUAAAUGGAGGCAAGCAUUUAACGCUACAGCAGUGAUUCGACAUAUGAAGCGCCUGCAGCUGGGCAGCAGUUUAGGCAGCAGCAUGGACACCACACCACACAGGACUGAGAACCAAGCACCCAUGCCUGUCAAAAGCCAGUCGAUCGAUGUCUCCUCCAUCAACCACAAGGACUAUGCGUCCAAUCAAGUCCCAAACACAGGGGUGACAGAGAAGCGAUGCAAGCGGCCUUCCACCGUCACCACCAUCAUCACCGGGUCCAAAUGAAGCGCUUUCCUAGAAAGCCAUUUGAAAGUUACUGUACUUUCACAAUUCCUCAGUCACCUCUCGCCACCUUCACGCACCUUGUUCAAUCCUUGUUGUGCUAGUCACCAGUCAGUAGCACACUGUUCUGCAUGACAGUAACAGAAUCACAGAAGGUGCCCAGAAGUCCUGCUUGAGAAGUUUAACCAUGACAGUGAUGUGAUGGGAGACUCGUUGAUCAGCAGUGCUGGUGAAGACCUGAGUGGGACGUCUUCUGGAUUUCGGUGGCUGUGUUUUGUGUGGUGGAUUCAUUCAAGAAGUUAAUCGAAAUUGAUUUAAUUUAAGAACUACUUAAAAGCUGCUUUGGAGUAAACAACAAAUAGACGAAUUGUAUAGAGUUGCUUUAAUAUGUUCUGUAGUUCAGUUCAGCUGGUCUUUGGUUACUUCCAUUAUGAUUGUGAAUAGCUAAGAUUCUCCUGAUUUUACCUGAAUUUUGAAGUAAUAUCCUGUCGUGGUUUGGUGAGUGCGCACAUAAUGAAAAGCCAAAAAAAAAAACACACUACUUCUUAUUUUUUAUUUAUUGUGAUUAUAGCAGUAACCCAUGGGAUUUGUGGGAAUACCCUUUCAAGAAAUUUGUCUUAAAUAAUCAUAGAGCAUAGGUAAUCCUUAUUAUAUUAUUAUAUGGCUAAGCAGAUCUCCAAGCCCCAGUUUCAGAACACAGUGUACUGUACAGCCCAUCAUGUGUCUGAAGUGAUACUUGCUCAAUAGCGUUGCAGUGUUAAAUGUGCUACUUGAUACAAAACACUGUUGAUUAUCGUUUGGGUUUUUUUUAUCCCGUCAUCUGUGUUUAAAUCACAGCUUGUAAUACAGUACUGAAUUAUACAGGGUUUUUCUUCUCAGUGUGUGGGUAUCGAUGAAAAUAUUUAGUGUGGUUUGUUUGAAUGUUUAACAUUUUUUAAGAGACCUGCUUUAAAAUGUUCUCAGAAGGGUGUAUUUUUUAAAUGUA